AUGGGCUGCAGCUGAGUCACAUGAUUUCAUAGUCUCUCUAUGCAGGAAAUCAGCUAUCACUCUGUAUUUAUUCCCAGCAUAACAAGCUCUCCUCGUACAGGAGCCCAGCCAGAGAGACCCCCGGGCAGACAGCACCGCCAUGGCGUGGACCUCCUACCAACUUAUCCUGGCAGGGAUGAUGCUCGUCACGGGCUCCAUUAAUACUCUCUCAGCCAAGUGGGCAGACAAUUUUGACGCUAAAGGCUGUAAAGGGUCAGAGAGUCACCAGUUCCAGCACCCAUUCCUGCAGGCAGUGGGCAUGUUCCUAGGAGAGCUCUCCUGCCUGGCUGUAUUCUACAUACUGGUGCUCAAGGACAGGAGAUCCUCAGAGCCCACUCUGGCACCUUCUCAGCCCUUCAACUCCUUCCUCUUUCUGCCACCAGCUAUAUGCGACAUGACCGGGACCAGCAUCAUGUAUGUGGCGUUAAACAUGACCAGCGCUUCCAGCUUCCAAAUGCUGAGAGGGGCCGUCAUCAUUUUCACCGGGCUCUUGUCUGUGGCGUUCCUGGGGAGGAAGCUGGAGUGCAGCCAGUGGAUCGGAAUCCUCGUCACAAUCAUUGGACUGGUCAUCGUGGGCCUGGCGGACUUACUGAGCGGUUCCGGCAGUGGGAGGAGCCUCAGUGAUGUUAUUACAGGUGACCUCCUCAUCAUUAUGGCCCAAAUUAUCGUCUCUAUACAAAUGGUUUUAGAGGAGAAAUUUGUCUACAAGCAUAACGUGCACCCACUCCGAGCAGUGGGCACCGAGGGUCUGUUUGGCUUCGUCAUCCUCACCCUGCUGCUGAUCCCCUUCUACUACAUUCCUGCCAGCGACUUCAGCAACACUGACCGUGGAGUUCUGGAAGACUCCCUAGAUGCCUUCUGCCAAAUGGGCAACCAGCCCCUUAUCAUCCUGGCCCUGUUGGGCAACAUCAGCAGCAUAGCUUUCUUUAACUUCGCUGGCAUCAGCGUGACAAAAGAGAUCAGCGCCACCACCCGGAUGGUGCUGGACAGCCUGAGAACGGUUGUCAUCUGGAUAGUCAGCCUCGCUGUGGGUUGGGAGAAGUUCCACGCUCUGCAGAUCCUCGGCUUCAUCAUCCUCCUCCUGGGGACAAGCCUGUACAAUGGACUCCACAAGCCCCUGAUGUGCGGGCGGUGUAAAGAAGACAGCGCAGAGACUCAGAGCCUCCUACAGGGCGAACGGGCGUCCAUCAACACCGACAGCUAAUGCCCAAACUGACGGACUGACACGUCUGGAGCACAGGCUCUCAGACUAGCUCCUCAGAACACCACAUUGUUCAUGUUUUCCAGGUCACCGGUGGAUUUUUAAAAUGUGACAGUUGGUGAUACACAGCGCAGCUGCCGGUUGACCUAGAAAACAUGACCUGUGUGGGGUUCUGAGGACUGAGUUUGAGAUCCACUGAUCUAGAGCACUUGUAUUAGGUACAUGUACAGUGUGUAUCAUAUAUUGCACUAUCGGUUGCUGGCUGUCCUGGACAAGCUCGCACCACCGAGGGGAUUCCCUGCUAGCUCAGCUAGAACGCAACGUUCUCAUGUCAAGCACAUACUGUAUGUGUCUCUUUCGCUUAGGUUUCGGGACGUUAAAAAAAAAAAACUUUAAUGAUACAGGUAAACAGGAUAAUUUUAGAACUGGACACGUAAAAAAAAUGUGGAAUAGUUCAGCCUAGUCCAGAAGAUAAAGGGCGUUAAGUUAUUAUAGUAUAUAAUGCAAUUAUAUUUUUGUGUCCCUAAUAAAUGACAGGUAACUGUAAUAAUGAGUAAUAGAGUAAGCACAUACAUGUUUUAUAAAGGCUAGAGGUUAGCUUACACAUUUAUGUACAGUACAGAUGUGUCCUCUCUUACUGGUUGUCCAUAUGCCAUACGGUGUGAGGCGGAUGGACGCUGGUAGUACGCCUUCGGCGACGAGGAGAGAGGUUCCAGCCCUCGUUCUCUUAUAUCAUCCACAGAUUCUGCUCACUCAGCGCGCACAGAGGCGCAGGCUACACGUCAGAUACACGGAUACAAAUACUUCUGGCUCUUGCACUACGAGUAAUAAUCUGUUAUACUGUAAGUGCCUGUUACUUGUACACAUCUUACUUCAAUAGACAGUUUUUUAAUAGGUUUUGUUUUGUAUGGGACAAAGGAGGAAUAUCAUAAAAAAGACAAGUAUUUGUUUCCUGAUAA